CAGAACUGCCGCGUCUUAUUAGACGGUGAAUUGUCCAAUCAGAUGAGCAGGAGUGGCGGCGUAAUCCCGCCUCAGCUAUUGCAGUGUGUGGAGAUUCAUUGAACUGACAGGACAUUCCUGUUUCUCAGACUCUCACAGAAGUUUCCCGAAGCGAAGUAACACCAUGCCAAUCCAGGCCUUCUCAUUCCCCAUACCUGAAACCAGAUUCUUUCACGUUGGCCAACUUGUCUACAAGUUCAAGAUAAGACGAGGAAGUCAAAUCAGUGGUGAAGAAGAGAUGUUGGAAAGUGAGGUUGUCAAUGAGGAGCUUGAGAAUGCUGUACGAGUUGUACUUAUGAGCCUGGAAAAUCUUCACCCUUUCACCACACAACAUUUCAACAUCUUUCCCUAUAAGAGUAGGUGGGAGCGUGUGUCUGAGUUGAGAUUCUGGAAAGGGGAAAAGAAAUUAUUUGCUUACCCCUUCCUCAUCAUAUUGUAUGUGGAGACCAAUCAGUGGAUCCCUCCACUCACAGUGAGCCAUGCAAACAAAUGGGUCCCUUCAGAUAGAGAAUCUGGACUGGACAGUCCACACCUACUUUCAUCUACUUCCUGUGGCUUUCCCCUAGCUAAUGCACACAGGAGAAAUGAGAAACCACAAGCAGACUGUCUGACCUCAAGUCACCAGCAUGACAAGAUGGACCCACAUCUGUGUCUCCAAGAGCUGCCGAACCUGUCUGAAGGUGCAGAAGGGACGGUUUGUGACGAUGAGGAAUAUGCUGAUUCAGAGGAGUCUUCACCAGAUGAACAGAAUGCCCCUGACACUAAAAAGACAGAACAACCAGGAGCUUUUUCUAAACUGGCUAGCUUUGCAGUGUUUCCCUUCUCUCUGCUGUUCAGAAAGAGCUGAUGAUACAGCACCUAGUUUUCACAUUCGUUUUUACUAUACAUAUUUGAAAAGGAUUUCAAUUAAGCACAGAAACUAUUUCAAUGUUUGCAUUUUUCAACUGUAAAAAAAAUACAUUCCAGAUGAAACCCAGA